GGGGGCGCUCCAGCUCCUCGUCUGGCUGUCCAAUCCCUGGCCCCUGGCCCUUUCAGCCCGUCGCCCUCCUCCCGCGCCCGCCCGCUCUCGCAACGAGACCAGGCACUGCGCACCGCUGGAGCUUUUGUUCCAUCGACUCCGUCGAUCCACUCCUCCCGCCUGCAAGACAGCUCUGCCGCCCACACUUCCAUCCCAACCGUUUGACCGUUUGUCCUGUGUCUCAUCUGAAGUCCCGAGCAACUCACGCCGUCUGUGAUGGUUUGGAGCGAGUCCAUGUCUCCCUGAGACGAAUCCCGCCUCUUUUCGCUCUGCCGCGGCUAUGGCGACGGCGAAACGGACGGCUACUGUGACUCUGCGGAACAGCCGGCGCCGCCAGACCUUACCCAUCGCUCUCUUCGCAAUCCCAACCCUGCUGACGAGCGCCGCCGGUGUUGCGAGCGCAACCUGUGAAGCCGAGUUCCUGUUUCCAACAUCAGGACUCACACUACACCACCUCGACACCAUCAACAUCACCUACCGUUCCGACCUCGCCCAUCCUUCACUGUCGUGUUGGUGCGGCGCGACCGGGCGAGCAACGCAAAAGUUCAGAGACGACGAUGUCGGUCCGUUCAACGGGAGCGCCACCGUUACUCUAACCUUCCUGUCCGACGAUCCUUGUUGGUUCGAGCUCGGCUCCCAUUCUGGUGACUGCCGACGGACCAGCGAGACUUUUCUGCUGUCCGCGGACCAGCGCAACGCGGACGGUUAUUCGGCAAACAACGCGCCAGAAACACCCCGCGUGCAACCCUUCUCGACGACACCCCCUUUGACAGCCCGCACAGCCGCCGACGUGGACUCAAAGCAGCCUGACGCUAGGGGAGACAGCUUCAGCACAGGCGCCAGAGCAGCCCUGGGCGUCGGAGUCGCGCUCAUCUGCAUCGCUAUCGGCGCGAUGGCGUCCUUCUUGUACUUUAGGCGCCGGCGCCGCACGCCAGAUACUGAGGUAUCCGGCAACAUGUUCGACCAAGGUCGCCGGGGAAGGAAAGGGCCGGAGAAGAAGCGGGGGGGUGCGUUAUCGGAAACGUCGGGGAGCUCUGAUGAGCCGCUCUGCCCCAUACAGCCAGUAUACGACGGCUUCCCCGGCUCGAUGGGCUACGAAGACGUGCGCUCGCUCCACUCUACUUCGCAAACACUCUCUACCCACUCGCACUCUCCCACGACGACACAGUCGCCCACCCACUCGCAGUCCGGCGGCUUCUGGACGCACGAGCGCAGCAUCGAACGAGAGGAGCUCACAGCAGCGCGGCUGAAAUCCCAACUCCAACCCUCCGCGCCGACCGUCGUAUCUUACGGCCCCAACCCCGUCACACCGACCCUCACACCCCGCAUCACCCCGCGACUGAAUAUAAACCCAGUCACCACCCCAGUAACCCCCGGCGGUAUCGAGCAAGUACCGGGCCACGUCCCCAUGAUGCCCCUUCCCUCGGCCGAGUACAGCGACUACUCCAACUACAGCAUCCCGCCGCCCGCACCACUCCCCAUGCCCACGCCCGACUCCAAAACCUCCCCGCCGCGCCAACAAGGCGCCAUCCCCAUCGUCGUCUCGUACGGCCCCAACCGGGUAACGCCCACGCCGCUCGUCGUGUCCCCGACCGUGCCGCCGGACGAGUCGAUCGUCAACCGGCGGAUCCAGGAGGCGAGCUCGUCGUCGGCCGGGUCGCACGAGCGGCAGUUCUCGUGGGAGGCCGACUCGCCGCUGCUGGGGGCGUCGAUGGGCCCGCUCCCGCCGUACGCCACGACGGCGGACUUCGAGGCCAUGGAGAAGGGCGCCGUGCGCAAGCUGGCCGAGCCCCAGGCCCAGGCCGAGCUGCCCCCGACCAAGGACGGCUUCUACCACUACACCUCCGACAUCGUCGAGUACGAGCUGCCCGGCGCCGCCCCGCAGCACGCGCCCCAGCUGCCCUUCCGCCCCUACCAGCCACACAGCGCUUAUAAUGGUGCUGCCGGUGGCAGUGGUAGUAGUGGGCCACAUCAUGGGCAGGGACGCGAGAUUGAUGAGCAGAAGUUUUUGUUGGAUGAUGUUGAGAUUAUGAGGCUGAGGGCCGCGAAGGCGAAGGCGAGGGCCAAGGCCACAAGCGCGAAGCGUGAGAGCAAGGAGGGAGAGAGGGAGGCCGAGGAGCAUGAUUUGGGCGAGGGACCCAGGUGACGUUGGUGAUGGGUCGUGGACCGUUUUGGAGAGGAUUCGAGCACCUUAUACCCUUUCUUCUCACCUAAUACCUACUACUACUACUACCGACCUACACAGCAUGGAACGGAGGAGGAUGGAUCUGACAGGGAGGCAAAAGUCACACACACCGCGGAACGACUCGGGAUAUACCUGGACUGACUGGAAAGAGGUGGAGCAUUAUACCAUUGGCAAGGCGUUGGGGAUUUCUACGAGCUACAUUUGACGAACUGGUGACGCUGUUCCCCGGCCGGUAAAGGUCUGGGUUUUGAAUAUAGUGCCUCACUGAAAAAGGAGUUUAUACACACAAAGUCAUAACCUAUGCCC